AUGGCCUUGAACAAGUGCAGUAAGGUUCUAGUCGGACGAUUCUUAAAUGCUGGUAAUCGAAGACUAGCUUCAAGUCUUACUGUCCGUGAUGCUUUGAAUCAAGCCUUGGAUGAAGAAAUCAGACGUGACGAACGUGUUUUCCUGUUAGGAGAAGAAGUUGCACAGUACGAUGGUGCUUACAAAGUUUCGAAAGGAUUAUGGAAAAAAUAUGGAGAUAAACGAAUUAUUGAUACUCCAAUUACUGAAAUGGGAUUCGCAGGUAUUGCUGUUGGUGCCGCCUUCGCUGGACUUCGCCCAAUUUGCGAGUUCAUGACUUUCAAUUUUUCUAUGCAAGCUAUUGACCAAAUAAUCAACUCAGCAGCUAAGACAUACUACAUGUCUGCUGGAAGAGUUAACUGUCCCAUUGUAUUCCGUGGACCAAACGGAGCUGCUGCUGGAGUAGCUGCUCAGCACUCUCAAGAUUUUUCAGCUUGGUUCGCUCACUGCCCUGGAUUGAAAGUUGUCACUCCCUACAGUGCUGAAGAUGCCAAGGGUCUUCUGAAAGCUUCCAUCAGAGAUGAUAAUCCAGUUGUUUUCCUCGAAAAUGAAAUUUUGUAUGGUCAAUCCUUCCCUGUAUCGGAUGAAGUUUUGUCCGAGGAUUUCGUUCUUCCCAUUGGAAAGUGCAAAAUUGAACGACCUGGUAACCAUAUAACUUUGGUUGCAUACUCAAGAGGAGUCGAAUUAGCUCUUGAUGCUGCCAAGCAGUUGGAGGCCAUUGGAGUAGAAGCCGAGGUUAUCAACAUCCGCACUCUCCGCCCACUCGAUUUCGAAACCAUUAAACAAUCAGUUAUGAAGACCAACCAUAUUGUUACUGUUGAGUAUGGAUGGCCUUUCGCAGGAAUCGGAGCUGAAAUCGGCGCUCAAAUCAUGGAGUCAGAAGCAUUUGAUCAUCUCGAUGCUCCACUUUUGAGAGUAACUGGCGUUGAUGUCCCUAUGCCAUACACCCAAACCCUCGAAGCUGCAGCUUUACCACACGCUGGACAUGUUAUUUCUGCAGUCAAGAAGAGUCUCAACAUCCAAUAG